AGGGAUCUCGGCGGUUUGAGCGAGCCGUGCAUCCAGGAGCCGAAAAAAAAGAUUAACACCCCGUCCGCACACCCCUCCGCGCCCCUCGGGGCGCCGCCGCGGCUCCGCGAUCGCCCCGCCGGACACCGAGCGAAAGGGAUUCGUCUGGAGGGCAAUUUCGGAUCGGGGGAGAUCUAUUGGAUUAGUGGGAUUAUCUGCCUGCAGACGGAGAGAAGUAGCGUUUGAUCAUUUCCAUUGCCUGCCUGAUGGUCGGAUUUACAUGGAGGUGGCUCGGCACGGAUGAGGCUGGAUUCCGGAUGGGGAUUUCCAGCCCCCCCUCCCCGCGCCCCGAUCCCGGGAAAGGGCAGAAAAAUAUAUAAAAAUCGGUAUAAUUGGGAAGUGUCCGGAGCACUAUCGGGAGCCCUCCCGCUCCCAGCUGCUGGGAGAGCCGGAGGAGGCGAAUCCAGCGGAUUACAGCUUCAGCUGCGAUUGCGGGGAAGCGGCCGUGAACUGGAUAUAGACCUGCGGCUAACUGGAUUUGAUUUAUAAGAGGGGAUUCUGCAGUAAAUGGCUGCUCUCUUCAUAUUGCUGCUAUGGAAAACAGAAUUGUCAAUAGGAUGUAGUCUGAUAAAUAGUGCUGAGUGAAGAUGCAGCUUCAAUAAGUGUGAAAUCAAUGGAAGAUACUUACCGCAUGAAAAGCCUUUUGAGAUUUUUCUGACAGGCGCCUAUUUAGGAAACUUGAUCUGUUUCCUCCGGUCGCCCUGUUUUUCCACCAGUGGAUACAAAUCAGAUUGCUUCACUGCAGUCACACAACUGAUGUGGGACCAUGGCCUUUCCAAGACCCACGUGGCUGAACUGGGUAUGGAGAGCGACGGUGCUGCACACGGGAUUGAACGCCACUUUUGCUUUUUCUAUACUUGGAUUUUUGCUUCACGCUGCAGCUGUGUCCUCCCAAAAAUUGGAUGAUACCAACCCAGUGGUGACCACCAACUUUGGCAAGAUAAGAGGGAUUAAGAAGGAACUUAAUAAUGAGAUUUUGGGGCCCGUUAUUCAGUUCCUCGGGGUUCCGUACGCUGCCCCUCCGACGGGGGAGCGCCGCUUCCAACCUCCUGAGCCUCCAUCUCCCUGGGCAGAUAUCAAAAACACCACCCAGUUUGCUCCUGUGUGUCCCCAGAACAUUAUAGAAGGCAGGUUGCCUGAAGUCAUGCUUCCCGUGUGGUUUACUAAUAACUUGGAUGUAGUUUCAACCUAUGUACAAGACCAGAACGAAGACUGCCUCUAUCUAAAUAUCUAUGUCCCAACCGAGGAUGUCAAAAGAAUAUCCAAGGAAUGUGCCAGAAAACCCGGCAAGAAAAUUUGUAGAAAAGGAGGUCCCCUUACAAAGAAACAGACAGAUGAUUUAGGUGAUAAUGACGGUGCUGAAGAUGAAGACAUUCGGGACAGUGGGGGACCCAAGCCUGUGAUGGUGUAUAUUCAUGGAGGGUCCUACAUGGAAGGCACUGGAAAUUUGUAUGAUGGCAGUGUUCUAGCAAGUUAUGGCAAUGUGAUAGUCAUCACAGUCAACUAUCGCCUUGGGGUGCUGGGAUUUCUGAGCACUGGGGACCAAGCAGCAAAGGGAAACUAUGGCCUCCUUGAUCUAAUUCAAGCUCUGAGAUGGACUAGUGAAAACAUUGGGUUCUUUGGUGGAGACCCAUUGCGAAUAACUGUUUUUGGAUCUGGGGCAGGCGGUUCCUGCGUCAAUCUCUUGACUUUAUCCCAUUAUUCUGAAGGUAACCGUUGGAGCAAUUCAACCAAAGGACUUUUUCAAAGAGCAAUAGCUCAGAGUGGAACAGCUCUCUCCAGCUGGGCAGUUAGCUUUCAGCCUGCAAAAUAUGCCAGGAUGUUGGCUACAAAAGUUGGUUGCAACAUGUCAGACACAGUGGAGCUGGUAGAAUGUCUGCAGAAGAAGCCUUACAGAGAACUUGUCGACCAGGACAUCCAGCCAGCAAGGUACCACAUAGCCUUCGGACCGGUGAUCGACGGCGACGUGAUACCCGACGACCCUCAGAUCCUGAUGGAGCAAGGAGAGUUCCUCAACUAUGACAUCAUGCUGGGAGUUAACCAAGGGGAAGGGCUGAAGUUUGUUGAAAACAUUGUGGAUAGCGAGGACGGCAUAUCAGCCAGUGAUUUUGACUUUGCGGUUUCUAAUUUCGUCGAUAACUUGUACGGAUACCCCGAAGGCAAAGACAUACUGAGGGAAACCAUUAAAUUUAUGUACACAGACUGGGCAGACAGGCACAACCCUGAGACCAGAAGGAAAACGCUGCUGGCUCUGUUCACUGAUCACCAGUGGGUUGCACCAGCAGUGGCUACUGCAGAUCUGCACUCGAAUUUCGGAUCGCCUACGUAUUUCUAUGCCUUCUACCAUCAUUGCCAGACAGACCAGGUACCUGCAUGGGCAGAUGCAGCCCAUGGAGAUGAGGUUCCUUAUGUUCUAGGAAUCCCCAUGAUUGGUCCUACUGAGUUAUUUCCUUGUAAUUUCUCCAAAAAUGACGUCAUGCUAAGUGCAGUGGUGAUGACGUACUGGACAAACUUUGCAAAAACUGGUGACCCAAAUCAACCAGUGCCGCAAGACACAAAAUUCAUCCACACAAAACCAAAUCGUUUUGAAGAAGUAGCAUGGACCAGAUAUUCUCAGAAAGACCAGCUGUAUCUUCACAUUGGAUUAAAACCACGAGUUAAAGAACACUAUAGGGCCAAUAAAGUGAACCUUUGGUUGGAGCUGGUACCUCAUCUGCACAAUCUUAACGACAUUUCACAGUAUACCUCUACCACAACUAAAGUGCCAUCGACUGAUAAUACUUUCAGACCCACAAGGAAAAAUUCAGUUUCAGUUACUUCAGCCUUUCCUACAGCCAAACAAGAUGAUCCCAAACAACAACCAAGCCCGUUUUCAGUGGAUCAAAGGGACUACUCAACAGAAUUGAGUGUUACUAUCGCAGUUGGCGCGUCUUUGCUGUUCCUGAACAUUUUGGCCUUUGCAGCGUUGUACUACAAAAAGGACAAGCGGAGACACGACGUCCACAGGAGAUGUAGCCCACAACGUACCACUACCAAUGAUCUCACCCAUGCACAAGAAGAGGAGAUAAUGUCCCUCCAAAUGAAGCACACUGACUUGGAUCAUGAAUGUGAGUCCAUCCAUCCACAUGAGGUGGUUCUCAGGACCGCCUGUCCCCCAGACUACACGCUAGCUAUGAGAAGGUCUCCUGAUGAUAUCCCCUUAAUGACACCCAACACCAUCACAAUGAUCCCCAACACUAUACCAGGGAUUCAGCCCCUACACACAUUCAACACAUUCACUGGAGGACAGAACAAUACUCUGCCCCAUCCUCAUCCCCACCCCCAUUCACACUCAACAACCAGGGUAUAGCCAGACAAGACGAAACAAACUUUAUUUUUUGAUGGAUUACAGUAGGUGAUAUUACUGAAGAUUACUUGGCUUUCAACCUACAAGACUCUUACUAUUUAAAUAUGGAGGAAUAUUAUGUGAAUAUACAUAUCAAGAACAUUUGGGGUUUUGAAAAAAAUGAAUUGUACAUAUAUGAAAUGAACUUAAGAAACAAACAAAGCAAAAGAAAAAAAGAAAGAAAAACAAAAAACAAAAAACCCAACUGUUUGCAAUUGCUUGAAGCAGUUGUCCUGAAUGAUACUUUUUCAUUCACAUUCAAGUAUUAAUUUUUUGAAGAUUUAAGUUACAUAAUGGAAUUAGGCAUGUGCAACACAAGCAGGAAAGAACUAUGACUGAAAAUUUUAAAAACCUAUAAAUAUGCACAAGGGACACACUAAUGGAAUGUCAGAUAAUUUUCACCAAUUUUUAUUUGGACCUGUUUUCUUGUGUAGACCAUAUUUACAUAUUUGAAUAAGUACACAAAGCACCAAUGCUGUUAAGGCCUUAGAAAGGGGCUCAUGCUGAAAUCUGCCAGUCAGAGAAGUUUUACAGCCUGGCAGGUACAACAUUAUCACUUAAGUGCUGUCAGUAUAAAAGUUGUGGGAAUAAAGGAAACUGGAUAUUUUUAGCACGAUGUGCAUGAUAAUUUAUAUGCUUGGUGGCUGUGCUGCUGAUUAAGCCGUAAUUAAAAUUCUUCUCAUCCCAUUGGAGUUUUUAAUAGAAGCUUUCUCCAUCAAUUGGCACAACUUAAAGAAGUUCUUUAAAGGGGCAAAAGUAAUUACAUUAAAAUAUUUCACGGUAGCUUCUGAAAGAGAAGGGAUUGCAACAGUUCUUAAAGGUAUUUGUGGCAUUCUAGGUAUACAGUGGUGGACCCUCACUGAUAUGAAUCCCAAACCAAAAAAAAUGUAUACUAUUAAUGUUCUUUUUCCUUUCCACCCAAAUAAUUUCUAGCUUUGAAAUAACUAUAACUUUAAUGGAAUCUCCUUUGAUGAAGGAGUUAUAAUUUGCUGUGAUUUAGUUACAGAGUAUUUUGUUCAAAUUGACAAGGUUAAGUGUGUCCAAAAAUUUAAUUGCAAUGACAUUUUGCCAUUUAGAAGUGCCCCAAUAUUACUGCUCUAAGUACACCUUUCAGUUUAUUGUUUCAACUCAUGUUGCAUGUUACAAAGUUUACUUAUAAUACUUUAAUAUAAUGUUAAUCCCCUUUUUGCUAUACAUUAGCUUUGUCAUUCCAAUUAAUUAUCUAGACCAGAUGGCAAGAGUGUAGAAAAAGAGAGUAUAUGAGAAUGGGGAGAGAGCCAACAACUGGAAAUUUAAAAAUCUGCAUACUACAUUUGUUUGUGUGAUUUAAAGUGAAUGUUCUAAAAUGAUAAGAAAUUUUUCAUUCCCCUGUUUCUUUCCAGUAAUUCUAUACCAUGGUCCUUUCAAAACGUUUGUAUAUGUAAUCAGAUGUACAUUUAUAUAAAAGAAAUAAUUGAGAUGGACUUAAGAGCACACCCCUGAUAAAUACUUUCUCUCUUACCUGUACUAUAUUUCUAUUAGACUAAAGUUAUGUGAUUUUUUUUUACAUUUUUUCAAAUUACUAGCAAUUUUGAUAGUUUGUAAGAUAAUGCGAAGAACUUUCUCUGACAAACUAACUGCAGUAACAGAAACAUUUCUUUUCAGUUACUCUUUUUCAAGAAUGAAAGCUUAUUACACACAAAAAUUGUAUACUACUUGAUGGAAAAUUACUUUGUAUUUCUUGGCCAUAUUACUGGUCACUGAGUGAAAUAAAGAUAAUCUGGAUAACGAAUAUUAUUCCAAUGUUAAGAGACCUGAUCUUUGCUCAUUAAAGAGCUAAAAUGUUUAUUGCUGUUUUGUCAUUUUUUAAUGAAGUAAUGGUAACUGUCUCAAAUAAAGAGUAAUAUCUUAAGACCAGUCUGGUUUUUGAAGACAUGAGGGUGCCUUCUACAAUUAAUAAAACUGCAUAUUUAUGGGCCAGCCCCACCACAGCCAUUUCUUGAAGAAAUAGUGAAAUUUUGACUGUAAUCACAUGUAAGUCUCCUCCAGAUUUCAGGAAUGAGUUAAAAAUGCAAUAUCAACACCAAAAAAAAAAAAAAAAAGCUAGGAACAGGCCAAAUUGAAAUAAAUCUGCAGUAUUCCAUGAUGGGAAUAAAACAUCACCUGGGUUUUAUUGGAUGAUUGAACUUUUGUUAUAAAAGUUUGCUGAGAAGUUUAAAGCAGGUUUGCUAACAUUGAGCACAGACAUUAAAAAUUAAGCUGAAACCAAAAUAAAGUACUCCAAUUUCAGUUAUUUUACUUACCUAUGAAAAAAAAGAAAUAGAAAACCAUGUACUUUGUACUUCUUACAGUCCCCAGUUUUAAAUUAAGGUCUUUUUGUAGAAGCAUAAAAAAUAGUCUUCAAAAUCCAGGGCGGUCUGUGUGCAAUUUCUGCCUGAUGUGGUUGUGCUUUUAGACUGUGACCUGCCAAUGUAAACCAAUAAAAAGAAUUGUCUGCCAUCUGAUAAUUAUUGUUUAAUAAGAAGAUUGUAUUUUGCUAUGUUGAUGAAACAAAACAAAAAAAAAAAUACAAAAAUAUUGAUGGCCAUAAAACAAAAUAUUAAUGAAAUAUGAUUUUAUGUGCUUUUCUUAACUUUAUCAAAACCAAAAUAACUUUCUACUAUAGUUUAUUUGUGGCCAUAUAUCUAUAUAUCUCUAUAUAUACAGUAUCUGGUAAUUGUUUACUUUUAUUAGUUACAAAAUAAAUGAUUUAGGUAAACCAAGCAUGACACUACACUUUAUUUCUGUCAGCCAAUAGUAUUUAAAAUGUGAAAGAUGAAGGCAACAACACAAAUUAUGUCACUCCUGUUUGGAAAAAAAAAAAGUCCAUUCCUGUGAUACAGAUACUGUGAAUGAUAUUUUAGUGGCUACUUUAUACUGACAUUACAGCAGCUGGCUUUCCAAAAGUAAGAUGGUGUCCCACGUUUUAACACAACAUUAAGAAAGAGUAAGAGAUGUUUUAAAGCUGAAAUGAAAAUAUAAGAAAUGGUUUUGAAAUAUCUUCAUGUGCUUCAUGGAAUAUAAGUUUGUUCUUUUCAGAAUAUUUUAUCUAUUUGAUUUGUUUUUCAUGGUAGCCUACACAAAAGCAAAACUGAGUGUUGAUAUUUAAUUUCUUGUAUCAUCUUUGGACCAGAUUUCCAAUAAAAUUAGGAUAUCAGUCAGUCUUUGGAAGUUCAGUAAAAAAUAUAAAGAGCCUGCAUUUAUUGAUUUCACACUUUUGUAAAUAUGUUUGCAGACCUUUUUAAGAAAAUGUAUUCUACCAUUUUGAGAAAAAAAAAUAACAAUGGAAUCAUUGUCUCGUUUAUCUAUUAAAAUUACAGGCAAUAUAAUGUGCUGUGCUGACAUUUCUAGGAGAAAUAAAACCGAUACAAAAUGCAUUUUGCUCAAUGGUAUCUCAGUUGGUUGCACCUGGUAUUCUCCACCCACAGAAGACUUGCAAGGCGUGGAUGAACUUCCUGGAUAAAACCCUCCAUAGGAAAAUUAUCUUUAUGUUGUCUGUACUAAACAUGGAUUCCUGUGUCACAAGUCUUUAAUUAUCAGAUGUUUUUGUUACUCAAACCCCCUGAAAGCUGGAUGAAUAGAGGCCUAACAAAUAAACAUGUUACAGUUUUAAAGACACCACUGCACAGAAGAUGCUGGAGUUUCUGUUGCCAACCUCACUAGGAGAUGGAACAGCUGACUUCAUAGCAAGCUGUCAAACAUCAUGGUAUUCCUUUGAUGUUUGGAAGUUGUUGCUUUUCCCCCGUGAUGUUAGUUUAAAAUAUUGGCCUUUCCCCCACCUUUUUUUUCUAGUAUUGAACAGUUACA